GUCAAGACAGACUACUCUACGCUCACAGCUUUCCACGUCAACUUUAGUUGCUUCUUCAUUCUUCAGCUUAGAGCCUCCUAUAACGGAAAUGAUCGGUGUAUUCUUGAGACGUUAUUGCCGAUGAUGGUGAUGAACGCUCUGAAAUUAGCUAGAUCAUUCGGGAAUAGGAGGAACAAUACGUCAAUUGGUGUUCAGGAUAUAAUAGGACCAAGAUUUCGGCGCUUGCUUUCUUCCGCCGCCGCUGAAGGCUACGGAAAUAGGUUCGCCGUUCUGUGGGGAAACGGCGACUUCGGGAGGCUGGGAUAUGGCAGCAUUGAAUCGCAGUGGAGCCCUAAACCUCUGCUGCCACCCGCUUUUCAUGAUCAAAGCCUCCGCGACAUCGCUUGCGGUGGUGCUCACACUCUUUUCCUCACAGAAAAUGGCAGUGUUUAUGCUUGCGGUCUCAAUGAUUAUGGACAGCUAGGCAUUCCAGAUGAUAAACGUUAUGCCACUGAGCCAGUCUGUGUUGCCUCACUCCCCAAAGACAUUGUAAAAAUUUCUGCUGGUUAUCAUCAUUCUUGUGCUGUUACAGUUGAUGGUGAACUCUAUAUGUGGGGAAGGAACUCGAGUGGACAACUUGGCCUUGGAAAGAAAGCCAAUAAAGUAGUUCCAUUUCCGAGAAAAGUUGAAAGUUUGAAUGGGCUACCUAUAAAAGCAGCUUCCUUGGGUCUUGAACAUUCAAUUGCUGUUACAGCAGUUCAUGGUGAGGCCUUGAGUUGGGGUGGGGGAGGCUCUGGACAACUUGGUCAUGGACUACGUUCAGGAAUUUCUGGAAUGUUAAAAAGUAACAGUGAAUAUGCACCAAGGCUUAUAAAGAAGCUUGAAAGUAUGAAGGUUAAACAAGCUGGUGCUGGGAUGUUGCAUUCUGCCUGCGUAUGUGAGAAUGGAUGUGUAUAUACUUUUGGUCAAAGAGCAAAGACAAAAUUUGGCUUUGGGGAUGCAUACUAUGAUAUAGAACCAUUUGUCGUAUGUGAGUUGCCAUCUUCAGAAAUGACUGCAUGUGGUGGUUAUCACACGUGUGUUGUUACAAGUGGUGGAGAGCUGUAUACAUGGGGCUCUAAUGAGAAUGGCUGUCUUGGAACUGGUUGUACAGAUGUUACUUAUUCACCUGAAAGGGUUCAAGGUUCAUAUAUGAUGGAUUAUGUUCACAAGGUAUCUUGUGGUUGGAAACACACAGCAGCGAUUUCUGGUGGCAAUGUGUAUGCAUGGGGAUGGGGAGGCUCCUAUGGGACAUUUUCGGAAGAUGGACAUUCUUCGGGCGGACAAUUGAUUCUUCUUAUCCAAAUGAGUUCACAAACACCUGAAGCCAUGGCUCUGUACUCUGAUUCAGCACUACUGCGUGAUACAACAUCUUGUUUCUUGCUUCUCCACGUGACAAGGUUACCCCACAGGAAGGGGCAAGGAAACGACAUUGACUACAUUGAGCCUGCACUGGUUAACUUUCAGAUUGGCGUUAGAGCAUUGCAAAUAUCAUGUGGAUUUAAUCACACUGGUGCUGUAGUUGAAUAUACAUGAACAACAAUAACCUGAGGAGCCCCUCAUCUUAUCAAGGAAAAAGGAAAACAGGUUUGAAGAGUGCACAUCAAACGAUAUGAGUCAUGACUGUAAUUCAUUCCUUAGACGUCAUCAAAUAUCGUGUGUUGUGCCAUAGUAAUCGGAUAGGCUCUGUAUAUGUAUUGUAUUUGUUCCUCCAACUUCCCACCGCUCGGCCAACUGAGCUACCCAUGGAGGCGUAUGUGUUGUAUUUUAUUCGUGAAACCACAUCAACUUGUAUCAUGAGACAGCUCCACCAGGGCUGAUUCCCAUAAUGGUCAGCCCAAUUCGGGGAGUUAAGAGCUGAAGGUAGAUUUUGUGGGUCACAUAAAAUAAAGGCUAGAACAUACGGAGUAUAUAGUAGAGCAAAACGGAGUGUAAAUUCUAGAAGGACAGAUUGCCAUUUGCCAAGUUUCCUGGCAUUAUAUUUCAUAAAAUAAUUAUAGGAAUUGUGAAACUCAUAGUGAAUGCAAGGAAAACCAUAUGAAAUACUUACUCUCACUACUGUGCUUAAGUGCUUGUUUGAUUUGAGGAUUUCGGAGGUAAAGAAUGGCAAGGGUUGAUUUUACUAA